GGAUUUUAUUUUUUUGUUUCACCAUCCCUCCAAUUUCCAUACCUCGUCUUCUCUCCUGAACCAACGCCCAAGCCACUACUAAACUGAAUCUCUGUGCGGGACAUCGCAACGCCGGCGAUGGGUCAAUCGAUAUCGUAGAGCUCCACCUUUCCUGCCAUCCAUUGUUUUCCCGAUUUCUCGCCGUUUCAAUCUGAAUUCAUCUCCCAACUCUGCCGCCGGGUGGAACUUUGCUUCACUAUCUUCAAAUGGCAGCGAAAAAGCUUGUCCGGGACUUGCUCCUGGCUAGGCAGCCACUCCUCGUCCAACUCAAGCCUCCUCAGGGUUUAUGUACGGCGUCAAGGUUUAUGGUGGACAGUAGGUGGUCAAGUUACCGGAGGUUUGGUGUCUUCAACAAUGUUAAAGAAGAAGUUAAUAGAAAUCCAGAGCUUCAGAAGUCAGUUAAGGAAUUGAAGGAGAAAGCUAAGGAAUUGAAGGAGAAAGCUGGAGAACUUAAAGGGGUUAAAGAUGACUUGAAAGUUAGAACGAAGCAGACGACUGAGAAGCUGUAUAAGCAUGUUGAUGGGGUGUGGACAGAGGCUGAAGCAACUGCUAAGAAGGUUUCCUCAAGUGUCAAGGAGAAGAUUUCUGCUGCUACGGAAGAGGUGAAAGAAGCUUUCAAGAUGGGGAAGAAUGAGUCUGCUGAGUCCAGCGGCACUUCGUCUGAAGAUGGUCCUCACACAAAAGAUAACACUAAAGGUGCAAAUGGGGAAGAAACAAAUCAAGGUUCCGAGACUAAGGAAUCGGCAGGAACAUUGUUUGGAAAAUUCAAGUCAAGAAUCCCUACUUUUUCUUCGGCAUUCCAAAAAUUGAAGGAGGCAAAGGUCACUGAGAUAAUGAAGAAGGGAUAUGACAUUGUGAAGGAUGAGUUAGAUGGUAAUCCAAAUGCAAGAAAGCACCUCGAGUUUACCCCUUUUAAAGGAGAACUAAGCACAAAUACUGAUGUUGUUCCACUGUCGAGUCCAAAGCAGUCUCGCUUGAAUGAAAAGUGGCAGGCUUUUAGGAAAAAGAUGCAAGGCAAUCCUGUUUUCAAGCGUGUCUCUGGGAUUAGUAAACCUGUUGUGACCAAGAGUCAAGAGCUUGCAGAAGACAUGCGGGAAAGAUGGGAGACAAGUGACAAUCCCAUUGUUCACAAAAUUCAAGAUGUCAGUGAUACCAUCUUUCAUGAAACGGAUACUGCAUCCUGUAUCAAGGAAAUACGUAAACGUGAUCCAUCAUUCUCUUUGCCAGACUUUGUGUCGGAGAUUCAAGAUGCCAUUAGACCUAUCCUUACUGCUUACAUGAAGGUUGUUAUUGGUGGAGACACUGAAGCUUUGAAGAAGUACUGCUGCCCAGAAGUAAUUGCUCGGUGCGAAGCAGAGCGAAAAGCUUUCACGAGCAGUGGCAUCUUCUUCGAUAAUAGGCUUCUUCAUGUGUCCGAGGUGGAAGUACGAGAGACCAAAAUUAUCGGAACAGCUCCGAUAAUAAUUGUAACGUUCCAGACACAGCAGAUUCAUUGCAUGCGGGAUCGUAACGGUAAAAUUACAGAAGGAGGCCAGGAUACAAUCCACACUGUGUAUUAUGGCUGGGCAAUGCAACAAGUAGAGCCACAAGAACUGGGAGAAGGUGCUAUCUACCCAGUAUGGAGGUUAAGGGAAAUGCAACAACUUGGUGUCCAAGCUCUCAUCUAACAUCUCAACCCCCUUAUUUGAUUGCCUUCUUGAUAUGAAUAUCAAAUAUGUACGCACAUAUAUAUACACGGGUUGAAGCACCGGAGAAGUCUGGUGUAAUUUUGAUCGAAUGUUAUCCAUUGAUGUUAUCCAAUGUAAUGCCUAAUUUGAGGUUCAAGUCAUUAAUUGACAACGGUCGAACAUUUCUGACAAAUGGUCGACCUUCUGCAGAUGCAGUUA